AUGGAAGUUAAAAAAUCUACUGGCAAAGCCAUGUGCUUGCUGGGGAGGGAGGCAGAAAUGAAGUGGCUUCAUGACUGUAUUUGCAAUGCAAUAAAUGUAAGGAUGAUGUGGGAAACUAAGCGAGAUAAGAAAAACUUCCGUCAUGUCGUUUUGGCAUUGUUUGGAUAUGAUGUUUCAUUCCAACUUCCAUUUACAAUCGGACUAGAUCAUUUUUCCAUUAUUCACAAAGCCUUCGUAGGGAAAAGAAUGAGGCACAAGGAUAAAAAUGAAAUAUUUACAUUUGAUAAAGUUAAAGUUAAAUUAAAUUAA